CUCCUCCUCUCGUGUGAGGCAGCUGCUGUGGGAACCCCAUAAGCAGGAGGCGCCACAUCCCGCCCGCUUGUGUCUGCUGCAGUGUCUGGGACCGGGGUCAUGUCUCCCCACCCCACUGCCACCAUCCUGGGCCUAGUGCUCUGCCUGGCCCAGACGAUCCACACGCAGGAGGGGGCCCUGCCGAGACCCUCCAUCUCGGCUGAGCCAGGCACCGUGAUCCCCCCGGGGAGCCCUGUGACUUUCGUGUGCCGGGGCCCGGCUGGAGUUCUCACAUUCCGCCUGGAGACGGAGAAUAGAUCCAAGUUCAAUGAUACAAAUAAUGUGUCUCAACUUAGUUCAUCUGAGUCACAGGCCACAUUCCGCAUUGACUCAGUGAGUGAAGACAGCGCUGGGGGUUAUCACUGCAUCUAUCAUACGGCCUCCGGAUGGUCUCAGCAGAGUGAGCCGCUGGAGCUGGUGGUGAAAGAUGCCCCUGCUCCCCGAGGCCUGAAAGCUGAGCAUCUAUAUAUUCUCAUUGCGGUCUUAGUGGUCUUCCUCUGCUGUUUCUUCCUCCUGGUCCUCUUCUUCCUCCAUCGCCAGAAUCAGAUAAAGCAGGGGCCCCCAAGAAGCAAGGAUGAGGAGCAGAAGCCACAGCAGAGGCCCAGCCUGGCUGUUGAUGUUCUAGAGAGAAAAGCAGACAUGGCCACAGCUGAUGCACUUCCUGAGAAGGACAGAGACACCGACACCUCGGCCCCGACUGCAGAGGGCCCCCAGGAGGUGACAUACGCUCAGCUGGACCACAGGGCCCUCACAUGCAGGACAGCCCAGGCUGUGUCUCCACAGUCCACAGAGCCCCUGGCCGAGGCCGGCACCUAUGCAGCCAUUGUCAAACGCUGACCCCAGGCCCGCCUGGCCUCUGCACCCGAAGACUCUAGGAAAAGCCUGAAGCAGCCCUUUGCAAGGCUUCCGCCUGGACUCAUCCUCAUCUGGAAAGGCCCCCAGGCAGAUCUCCUGGAGACAAGAGCUGGAGCCUGGAGGUUUCUAACCAGCAUGCGGAAGGCUCGUUAGCCAGCUGGUCCCUUCUACAAUCGAGCAGCUCCUUGGACAGACUGUUUCUCAGUUGAUUCUAGAGACCCAGCUUCAGUUACCUGGCUGUUUCUAGAAACCCAGCUUUACUCACCUGACUGUUUCCAGAGACCCAGCUAAAGUCACUUGCCUUUUCUAGAGGCCCUGCUACAGCCAGUCACCUGAUUUCCUGAGUAGUGAUGCAGCCCCCAAACUGGUCCCAGGUGUCUCCCGUGAACCUCCAGUGACCCCAGAGACUUUGCUGUAAUUAUCUUCCCUGCUGACCCCAAAGACCUUCCUUAGAAGUCAAGUGCUAACCUUGAGACGACGCUAUACACAUCCAGCUGACAGCUAAGCCCAGUUCUCUGCAUCACACUUUCCUCUGUGCAUCAAUAAAUUAUUUUGAAGGCCUCACAUCUGGCAGCCCCGUUCCUGGUCCUGGGUGCACAGGUCACUUGGACCAGCCUCUGCCUUCACAGUUGUUCAAAGCUGAGUCAAGGAGACAGAACCUACAAAGGAGGUGUCAGGAAAAAAGCAUUUUCUUUUCUAAAUUUAAUUGAUCAAGAAUGU